AUGUUUGCUGCUGCAACCAAAAACUUUGUUAAACAGGUUGGUGAUGGAGGAAGACUAGUUCCCGUGCCCAGUCUUAGUGAAGCUGAUAGAUACCAACCUCUGAGCCUUGUGAUUAAGAAAAGAAAAUGUUUACUUUCAAAAACAUCUAAAUUUGCUUCAACACCUUUCACAUUAAAAGACAUUCUUCAAGGCGAGAAAGAAAUUUCUGCAGGUGUCUCGUCUUACCAGUUGCUCAACUAUGAAGACAAAUCAGAUGUUUCACUUAACGGUAGAAGAGGAAAUCAGAUAAUGAAUGAUGUUGGUUUUGAUGUUGCUGGAUCAGAUUCUAUUGCCUUUAAAGCUUCGUUUGGCAUAGUGACCAAACAUGAGGUUGAAGUACCAACAUUACUUAAAGAACUUACUACAAGAAAAAUAAACUUUGAUCAUUGUCUAGUCCAUCAAUCAAGAAAAAGUAGGAUGGAAAUUUUGUGCGUGGUCAUGGAAAGUAUUAGAACUACAAGGCAGUGCUCCUUAACCGUCCAUACUGGAAUGCGUGGAGAGACAAUGAGGUUUCACAUUAUUGAAGAUCAGAAUUAUAAAGGGCGGGAUAAAGCCAUUGUAUUUCCUGCACAUACAACUAUUGCUUUUAGUGUAUUUGAACUUUAUAUUCAUUUGGACGGUAAUUUUGAGCUCUGUGUGACUCCAGUUUCAAAAGGAGGAUUUGAAAAAGAGAAAUCUGGAUCAUCUUCACUGACCAAAUUAAGGAGAUUAAAGAGAAAUCUGUUUCAUCGAAAUAAAAGAGUAGUGGAUACCAUUCCUAACUCUGAUGCUUACUUGGAGGACCUUUUUACAGAUUAUUAUGAAAAAGCUGCGAGCAUGACUGAUCUAUCUACAAGCUAUCUCAGAGAAGGGUCUCAUAUCCGAAUUAAUUUGCUUAAUAACGACAUCCCCAAAGGUCCCUGUGUCCUUUGUGGAAUGGGAAGUUCUAAAAGGGAGACAGUCUACGGAUGCCUCGAGUGUUCUUUUAAUGGACAAAAGUACGUACGACUGCACGCUGUGCCCUGCUUUGACCUCUGGCAUAAGCGAGUUAAGUAA